AUGGCGGCGAGCACAGGCUACGUGCGUCUGUGGGGCGUUGCGCGCUGCUGGGCGCUGCGCCGGCCGCUGCUGGCCGCUGCUGGCGGUCGAGUCCCGAACGCGGCCGGAGCGUGGCUGCUGCGAGGCCGGCGCGUGUGCGAUGCGUGGUCCCCGCGCGGCGGGAGCCCGGGCGCCGCGGCGGGUCAGCGGCGAGCGCUGUGGGACGCGGGCAGCCGUGGCGGCGGGGCGGCAUUCUCGGGAGGCGACGACGGCUCGGAGGGCGGAGCGGAGGAGGCGGCCACGGGCGCCUCUGGUAGCGCGGGCGGCGGGGAAAGCCCGGUCAUCACGGCGCUCACUCCCAUGACCGUCCCCGACGUGUUCCCGCACCUGCCGCUCAUCGCCAUCACCCGCAACCCGGUGUUCCCGCGCUUCAUCAAGAUCGUGGAGGUCAAAAACAAGAAGCUGGUGGAACUGCUGAGAAGGAAAGUCCGCCUUGCCCAGCCCUAUGUCGGUGUCUUCCUAAAGAAGGAUGACAACAAUGAGUCAGACGUGGUGGAAAGCCUGGAUGAGAUCUACCAUACAGGAACGUUUGCCCAGAUCCACGAGAUGCAGGACCUUGGGGAUAAGCUACGGAUGAUUGUCACAGGGCACAGAAGGAUACACAUCAGCCGGCAGCUGGAGGUGGAGCCUGAGGAGUCAGAAGCAGGGGACAAGCAGAAAACCAGGAGGAAGUCAAAGCGAGGCAAGAAGGAGCCUGAGGAUGGGCUGAGUGCCAAGUCCGAGCUAGAGAUGGUGACGGAGCCUGCCGUUGAGGCCCCCAGUGAGGUGCUCAUGGUGGAAGUGGAGAAUGUCGCUCACGAAGACUUCCAGGUCACUGAAGAAGUGAAGGCCCUGACUGCUGAGAUAGUGAAGACCAUCCGUGACAUCAUCGCCUUGAACCCCCUGUACAGAGAAUCGGUGCUUCAGAUGAUGCAGGCUGGCCAGCGUGUGGUGGACAACCCUAUCUACCUGAGCGACAUGGGCGCUGCACUGACGGGUGCUGAAUCCCAUGAGCUACAAGACGUCCUAGAGGAGACCAAUAUUCCUAGGCGGCUGUACAAGGCCUUGUCCCUCCUGAAGAAGGAGUUUGAGCUGAGCAAGCUUCAGCAGCGCCUGGGCCGGGAGGUUGAGGAGAAGAUCAAGCAGACGCACCGCAAGUACCUGCUGCAGGAGCAGCUGAAGAUCAUCAAGAAGGAGCUGGGGCUGGAGAAGGAUGACAAAGAUGCCAUUGAGGAGAAGCUCCGCGAACGUCUUCGGGAGCUGGUGGUGCCCAAGCACGUCAUGGAUGUGGUGGACGAGGAGUUAAGCAAGCUGGCCCUGCUGGACAACCACUCCUCUGAGUUCAAUGUCACACGUAACUACCUGGACUGGCUGACAUCCAUCCCAUGGGGCCGGCACAGUGAUGAGAACCUGGACCUGGCACGGGCCAAGGCGGUGCUAGAGGAAGACCACUACGGGAUGGAGGAUGUGAAGAAGCGCAUCCUGGAGUUCAUCGCUGUCAGCCAGCUCCGCGGCUCUACCCAGGGCAAGAUCCUUUGCUUCUAUGGCCCACCAGGCGUGGGCAAGACCAGCAUCGCCCGGUCCAUUGCCCGCGCACUCAACCGUGAAUACUUCCGCUUCAGUGUGGGGGGCAUGACGGAUGUGGCUGAGAUCAAGGGGCACAGGCGGACCUACGUGGGCGCCAUGCCCGGCAAGAUUAUCCAGUGUCUGAAGAAGACCAAGACAGAGAACCCAUUGGUCCUCAUCGAUGAGGUGGACAAGAUUGGCAGGGGCUACCAAGGGGACCCGUCGUCUGCGUUGCUGGAGCUGCUGGACCCCGAGCAGAAUGCCAACUUCCUUGACCACUACCUAGAUGUACCUGUGGACCUGUCCAAGGUUCUGUUCAUUUGCACAGCUAAUGUCACUGACACCAUCCCUGAGCCACUGAGGGACCGCAUGGAGAUGAUCAAUGUGUCAGGCUAUGUGGCACAGGAGAAGCUGGCCAUCGCAGAGAGGUACCUGGUGCCCCAAGCCCGCAACCUCUGUGGCCUGGAUGAAAGCAAGGCCCAACUGUCAGCUGAAGUGCUGACGCUCCUCAUCAGGCAGUACUGCCGUGAGAGCGGAGUUCGAAACCUGCAGAAGCAAGUGGAGAAGGUGCUGCGCAAGGCCGCCUAUAAGAUUGUGAGUGGUGAGGCAGAGACUGUGCAGGUGACACCAGAGAACCUGCAGGACUUCGUGGGGAAGCCUGUGUUCACAGUGGAGCGCAUGUACGACAUGACACCACCAGGCGUUGUCAUGGGCCUGGCCUGGACCGCUAUGGGAGGCUCCACACUCUUCGUGGAGACAUCCCUAAGGCGGCCCCAGUCCAGGGACAGCAAAGAAGACAAGGACGGCAGCCUGGAAGUGACGGGCCAGCUGGGGGAGGUGAUGAAAGAGAGCGCCCGCAUCGCCUAUACCUUUGCCAGGGCCUUCCUGAUGCAACGCGACCCCGGCAACGACUUCCUGGUGACCUCACACAUCCACUUGCACGUGCCAGAGGGUGCCACUCCCAAGGACGGCCCCAGUGCGGGCUGCACCAUUGUCACUGCCCUGCUGUCCUUGGCCUUGGGUCAGCCCGUGCGACAGAACCUGGCCAUGACGGGCGAAGUUUCACUCACUGGCAAGAUAUUGCCGGUGGGCGGGAUCAAGGAAAAGACCAUUGCGGCCAAGCGCGCUGGCGUGACGUGUGUCGUGCUGCCGGCCGAGAACAGGAAGGACUUCGCGGACCUAGCGCCCUUCAUUACUGAAGGCUUGGAGGUGCACUUCGCUGAGCACUACUGCGACAUCUUCCGCGUGGCCUUCCCGCUGCACGAGGCGGAGGCCGAGGCGCUGGCCUUGGAGCGGUGACCGCGCACGCACUGAUGGGGACGGGAGGGCGAUUUGGGGACCUGAGCGGCGAUCAUGGCGGCCGCGCUGUGCUACUAUCAUGAGUAAAAGACGCGUCUACACCCACA